AUGUCUGCAUUAUUUAAUUGCUGUGUAUUAUUUUUCUGUUUGGUCGUUGGGAGUUUCGCCCAAAUUUCACAACUUGGAUCAUGUCCAGCCGUACAACCGGUUCAAAAUUUCCAACCACAAAACCUUUCAGGAAUGUGGUAUCAAGUUAGGCGCUACGAUAAUUUUUACGACAUUAAUGAAAGAUGCAAUCGUGUAAAUCUCACUAUCGAGUCGGGUAAUAGAUUGAGAAUAAGCGAACGUUCAGUCAACACUCUCUCUGGAGAACCGAUAACAACGAAUCUAACAUUAACUCCAGUAAAUAGAGCACAGGCUCAAUACAGAGUCAGGCUAUCAGUGUUCUCAAGACAGACUUCUCUCGUUACUCUCUUGGAUACUGACUACUCCAGCUUCGCAAUCUUUUACAUGUGUCAAGACUUCGCUAACACUCGCCUGGUUUACCUUUGGUUGAUUUCACGUCAACGUACUCUUGGUCUCAACACAUUGGGAAGACGUUUGAGAGUUGAGGCUGCCAACAAUUUGCCAAUCGGUGAACUGCGUACCGUUGGUCAGCUUAAUUGUCCCGCAUGA